UUAACUAUUUAAAGUGUUUGCUAAUUGAACCACUGACAUGUUUUAAAUGAUUCAUCAAACUCAUGCAAUUCAUUUGGUUGGAAUCGGGCUACACUGAUCCAGUUGUGGGCUAUGUGUCUCCCCACUCGCUCUAUUUCUCUUUCUGUUUCUCCCUCGCUCUAUCUCUCUCUCGCGCGCGCGCCAGCUCAGUCAGUAUCUCCGUCGGUCUGAGUCCUCAGCGCUGGCAAGGGAUAAUAAACUGCCUUUCCGCAGCAAUACGUGGACAACGGAACAGCCCGCAACAGAGUGGAAGAUUUGGGUGUUUUGAACGCAGGGUCUUCUCUGGUUGGUUGUGAAGAUCUAAGUAAACAAAGCUGUUACUGUGGCAUAAGUGACCUUUGGUUCUGAAAAGUGGCAGCGGAGUCCUACUAAAACAAGAAGCCACCGGAACCAUCCAAAAUAUCCUAUAAUCAGAGGGGAGUUCAAAUAACACUUUGAAUGCUGAUUUAUUAGAGUGAAAAGAUCCAAAGACUGGCCUUCUGAAAACAUUGCUCAUCGGUUUGAAAAAGGAGCAGUCAAGAAGUGAAAGACCAUGAGUUACAGCUGUGGCAAGCGACGCUAUAAACCUAUAACACGGACCACAUAAAAUGGGGACUAUGUUUGCAAUUAUGGUCCCUGAACAGCUGUGACUGCCCUCAAGACACCUUUUCCCCCAAACCUGUGUCUUUGUAAUCCUAUUGGCCAUCCAUCUCCUGUGAUCAUUUUUCUUAUUUUGAGCCCUAAUCUCUUUUGUUUCCCACCUUGAUCAAAACAAAUCCAGUUUUUACUCCAAAAUGGCUUGCAGUUUCAGCUUAACUUGUGCUUUUCCACCCUCCUUUCUCAUCCUUUCUCUUCCUAUUUGUCUCCUUCUCCAUGUACCUUCUUUUGUGAGGGGUGACUGCUGGCUAAUUGAGGGGGAUAAAGGCUAUGUGUGGCUGGCAAUCUGCAGUCAGAAUCAGCCUCCAUAUGAGACAAUCCCACAGCACAUUAAUAACACUGUCCAUGAUUUAAGGCUGAAUGAGAACAAGCUCAAAGCAAUCUUCUUCAUCUCCCUCAGCCGAUUCACCAACCUCACUGACCUCAACCUCACCAAGAAUGAAAUCUCCUAUAUUGAGGAUGGUGCGUUUGCGGGACAGGCCAAUCUACAAGUCUUGCAGUUGGGAUAUAACAAGCUAACCAACCUCACCGAGGGGAUGCUGCGAGGGCUAGGUCGAAUGCAGUGCCUGUAUCUGCAACAUAACCUUAUAGAGGUAAUUGCAACCAAUGCUUUCUGGGAGUGCCCAAGCCUUAGCAGUCUUGAUCUUUCCUCUAACAAAUUAGCAAAGCUGGAUUCAUCCACCUUCACCAUUUUGGGAGGACGGCUAAUAGUGUGCGAACUGGCUGGAAAUCCUUUCCAUUGUGGCUGUGACUUGUACGGCUUCCUUAUCUGGCUAGAGGCAUUUGACAAUGUCACUCACACAUAUGACAGGCUCCAGUGUGAGACCCCAAAAGAACUUUUUGGUUACCCUCUCCUGAGUCCUAGAGGUAAUCAAGGAAGAAAUGCUCGUUCUAUCCUGUCAUCCAUGUGUAAAGAUGGAGUUAUUGUUGGUGGAAUAACUGCCCUGCCUCCUGACUUAGACUCUUCUGGGAUGGGGAUAGAUAUUUAUGAUCAGAUGGGACCUUAUCACCAGCCCACAGCUUCCUCAACCACAGACCCCACAUACAGCCCCACCAUUAAGUUGCAAACAGUCUCCCUCUCUUCUGCAUCCCUCUUGGUUCAAAUACCCAAGCCCUACAGUAAGAUGUAUAUUCUAGUGCAGUACAAUCACACCUAUGUGUCAGAUGUCAUGAACUUAAAGAACAAGAAAGAGAUUGUCAGACUAAACAAUCUAAAGCCCCACACAAAUUAUACCUUUUGUGUUGCCUCCAUUCGCAAUUCCCAGCGAUACAAUCACACUUGUCUAUAUUUUGCAACUCGGGCUCCAGGGCCGGAUGACUUGCGAGCAGCCCCUUCUACCACCACCCAUUACAUUAUGACCAUUCUAGGCUGCCUGUUUGGGAUGGUCAUUGUGUUGGGCUUGGUGUACUACUGCUUACGUAGGCGUCGAAUGAAUGAGGUAAAGGAAAAGUCUAUUAGUGUUAAGAAAACUAUUUUAGAGAUGCGUUAUGGGCCAGAAGCAGCUGCUGCAGCAGCCAAGGAUCCUUCAACCUUGCAGAAACUCCAUGACCAGUCCCUUCAUCAACACCACCAUGGGAAGUUGUCCCAAUCAGCAUCCUCCAGCUUGGGUGUCCUUCAUAGUUCAGCCAACACCACCUCUUCUCGACUUUCUUCCCUUCCACAAGUGGAGAAGAUGGCUACAGCUUUCUCAGAGGCCAUGGUCACCAAUAAAGGCAAUUACAUGGAUGUAAGAACAUCAGCAGGAGGAGAGGACAGAGUAAGAGAUGGAGUUCUAACAGGGUCAGGGAAUGAAAUCACAAGGGAUGAAAAUAGGAUUAAUGGAGGAGAUGACUCUGAUGAUGAUGGCCAAGAUUCAACAUCGGAGAUCUCAACUAUUGCCAAGGAGGUGGACAAGGUAAAUCAGAUUAUCAAUAACUGCAUAGAUGCACUCAAACUAGACUCUGUAGCUGUUGUGGCAGCAGCUGCAGCCCCUGGAACUACAGUUGAUAACACUGACUCUCCACCACCUCCUAGUGUCCCUUCAUUAGCCAGGGGGCUAAUUCCACUUUCCCCUACCAUCACAGAGUCAUGCCAUAUUAUGUCGUCCCCUAAAAUCCGUCCUCCACCCCCUGUUCCUCUUGUUUUGCCCCUUUCUGAGAGGCCCGGCAUCAGUGGAGGUGGGUUUCUCUCCCCUCCCUACAGGGACCCACCCCCAGCUACAGCAUCACGGCCGUUGCAAAGGCAACUCAGUGCAGAUGCUGCAGUUGUUCCUAUUAACUCUGUUAAAAAUCGCUGCAGCGUUUCUUCCGGUGGAUCUGUAAGAAGUGCUCGGGUCUUCAGUCUGGAUGUCCCAGACACACGUAGCACAGAGCCAUGCAAGUACCCUGAGAAAGGCAGCCCUGUUCGGUGCGGGGAGCCCCUGGAGAGGUUGCCCUUAAUAGGUGUUCAGGGAGUCAGUAAUGGCAGAGGAGAUGGUGGCAGUGGGGGUGGAGGGGGAGCCGGUGGUGGCAGUGGUGGUUCGGGUGGGUGUGGUGUUGUGGUCGGAGGCGGGGGCAGCACAGCUCAGCAGCACCACUUGCAGGUGCACCCAGACUACCACUACUCAGAGCACCGACACUCCUUCCCCGCCCUCUACUAUGAGGGUGCCACUGACUCCCCUGCCCAGAAAGUCUCCUUUCUAAAGCCUCUCACUCGCACCAAGAAGGACACUGCCUAUUCACAGCUUUCUCCCCGCCACCACAAUUACUCAGGGUAUUCCUCUAGCCCUGAGUACUCCUCAGAGAGCUCUCUUAAAAUCUGGGAGCGCUUCCGACCAUACAAAAAAAGCCCCCGUGAAGAGGCCUACAUAGCCGCUGGCCAUGCUCUUCGAAAGAAAGUGCAGUUUGCAAAGGAUGAGGAUCUCCAUGACAUUCUGGAUUACUGGAAGGGGGUGUCAGCACAGCAGAAACUGUGAUGCUUGUUAGAGACACGACAGCAGGAGGAGAGGUUGUGGAGAAAAGAACCGAUGACUCUUGAGACAGCUCGGCAGACUCCAUCAGCAGGUGCUUUGGUCCCUAUAGGCCACCACAGAGACAAGUGUUCUAAAAGAGACAAGAUUAAGCAGGUGUUCCAAGCUCAUUAAGUCAUAGAUAAGCAACCAACCAGAAAUGCAGAGGAAUGUGGCACUUAAAAAGGCAUACAGUUUCAGUUUAGAAUCCCUCCAUAUUACAUUGUAUACCACCUAUGCUGUAUUGCACUGUAGUUUGACAAGAUAAUAGUGUUAAAUGAGGAAUUUGUGGUUUUAUUUUAUAAAUGCCUGAAUAUAAUCUCUAGAGAUGGUGGUAACUGAUGCCUGUCAAGAUGAUUGUUUUACGAUAUUAAUUAGUAAGUAAUUAGUAAGUGAAUUUCCCUUGGCUGAAGCCACAGGUCAAAACAUGUAUAUCCUUUUCUCUCUCAUUCCCUAAUGUUUGCUCAAGCAAAGCAUAUUCAUUGAUUUGAGACACCUACACAAAUUUUACACAGCAUGUGUGGGACACAGUUAUCAAACCAGAGGCAGUCAUUUGGACAUGCUUUAUAUUCAAGCAGUGUGGCAAUUCGAUAAAACACACAAUGUUAAUUCCUUUUUGGCAUUCAUUUGUAGCACAGCCAGCCCAACACAUUUUUCCCUUCAUAUGUAGUCUUUUGACAGUUUUUAUUCUAAGAAUGGAAAGAGAUAAAUGAGGUUUUAGAAUGGAAGCUCUAUGUCUCAAUUUGAUUUUACAAGUGGCAGCUAGAUAUAGACCCAGUGCAGUAAUAGGCUGAAAUACACAAGGUUUACAGUUGUGUAUUAAAUAUGGAGGCAUGUUACACAAAGAGUUUGCUUUGUUUAGCCUGUUAGGAGGCAAAAUGCCAAAGCUUAAUCCAAAUGACACACUUUUCUAAAAAAAAAAAAAAAAAAAAAAAGAAAAAAAAAAGAUAUACUAAUUUGGAAUUCCAUGAUGUGUUAAACAUAUAAUUUCAUAAUUUCAAGGUCAACUUUUCAAUGACCUAUUAAGCUUAUCACAGACACAAAAAACCUUGAACAGGCUUCAAAUGUGUAAAAUACGAUAUUUUAUUUCAUCAUUGAUUCCACAGAUUUAGAUACCAUAUUUGCGUUUCAAUGAUUACUCGGUCAGGUCUUCUUUCAUUGAAUAGUAAAGCAACUCUGCUGUUAUUUUUCCUUAUUGAUCUGACCUUCUGUUUCCUGUUAUAACCCACUUUCCUUGACCUAAUGUCAGCUGUGGUCAAACUAGGGAUGGUAUGCAACAAAUUCAAUUAUUUCCCAUCUCAUUUUUUAAGACCUUGUUAUUGUCCUUGCAUGGCUUUAUAGGGAAAAAUAAUUAGCAAUUUGCAGCAUAGGAGUCAAGAGGUCACAGAGGUGCUAAUAUUAUUAACACUGCCAGAUUGGAGAAGUGAUUGAAAUUAAUCUUGCGCUUUGCGGUCAGGUCAUCACCCAGAAUGCAUCCCUGGAGUUUUGCUGGUUCGCCCAUGGCAAUGAAAGGCAAGCUAAAGCUCUUCUUCUUUAGAGCAAUUUAUUGGCUUAAAAAAAAUAUCCUCCAGCUCUUCAAAAUAGGCCUCUGGGUUUUUAAAUUUAAGGCAAGGGAAUUUUUUGAUGACAAACAUUAGUUUUUGUUAUUAACAGCAUAUGGUUCACAUCCGCUGGUUUUUCGCAGCAUUGACUGCAAACAUUAUUAGAAUUCAACCUGAACAUGGAAAUUGAUUUUCCUUUUACAGUCACAUUUGGCCAGCGUUGAAACUUAUGAACUCUCAGCAUGCAUCAAUAAUAUGUCACAUCAUCCUUCAAGGUUCAAAAUCAAUGCUUGGUAAUUGAGAAUUGACACGGUCAAGUCAAAAUACAGAGGUUUGCCUUUUGAGCCAUUUUACUAAAGCCUCUCAGGGGGGAUUCCAGAUCGCACUCAAUCACAGUCUAUGAACUCAAGACAAGAUGAAUGUUUAGUAAAUCAUUACCCUGUUAAGAAAGAAGCUAUAUCAAUUCUUCAGCUAAUGUUUUGUUCUUGUUGCGUAUGCCUGUAUAGAAUAGUGCAAGAAGAUAUGAAUAUCACUGACAAACGCAGACUCAUAGCUAGAGCUUGCAACAAAAUGACAAACCCACACAUGCAUAUAUUCCACCAUCAUUAACUUUCUUGAAAUCUCAUUUAUUCCUAUUUAAAUCUCCAAAAGUUGUUUUCCCCCCACUAUUUUUCUAAAUUCAGUUAGGAGAUGAGUUUUCUAAACAGCCUCAAGGCUUGCAUUAUUGCACUGUGGUUGGGAGAUAACAAGCUAAGACAAUUGGAGAGAAAUUAUUAUGCUCUUGGAAUGUUUUAAGUAUAAGUACAUUGUUGGCAUCUGGAAAUGACAGUUAUUUUCGGUUUGAUUUCCUGCUGAUAUGUUUUUGGAAACAUAUGUGCGUAUGGUCUUAAAGAUCUACAGUGUUGAUCAGAUGGGACUAAUGGCUGACUGUGAAAACUGUGACAAACACAACCAACAAGAGAACAAUCUAUACUAACAAUGGUUGCACACAAUAUACUGUAUGUACAAGUAGUAUUAGAUUUCCAAUGGGUAUGUCCAGUGAAAAACAAAAUCGCUGUAUGUGUACACGUACAUACAAACACACACACACACAUAUAUACACAAAGGCAUAUGCAGACUCUACAAUCUACACUUACUGUAUACGUUUACAGACACAUAGUCUUAAAAGUGCCCUCUUGGCACUAAAACAAAGAGUGAAUUAUUUUAAAGGAUGGUGCCAAACAUUUGUAACAUUGUAACUGUUAUUUAUAUGUCAAAGUAACAUCAUGUUAUGAUUGAAAGGUUGUUAUAUAGUUGGCAUUUAUUUAACGUGAUUUUAAAUUUCAUAUAACACUAUAUAUUAACCUAAUAGAUUUAUUUUUGUCCCCCAGAACGCCCUCCUGAUCAGGUGUACUCGAGGCCAAAACCUAGAUCCUUUUGCAUAAUUUUGAUGCAUAUUGUUUUUUGAUUGAUUUCCAGUUAUAUUACUUAGCUUAAUACAUCCUAAUGCUGUCCAAAAUAAUAUAAUUAAUGGAUAAUUUACAUCAGGGCUGUAUUGAUUUGCAUAAAAAAAGACAUUCUGCAAGUUUCCUAAGAGCUCAAGCUUUCUGUAACUCCCACAACAUGGAUGAGUAAAGUUCCCUUCUCUCCGUAUGGUUUUCCAGAGAACUAUAGUUUCAACAAUUUCCGUCCUCCCACUAAUAAAGUUUUAAGCAGCGGAAGACUUACGGCCCACAAUUUUCUGGCCUCCUACCAUAUUGUCCGUGGAGAUAGUAAGCCUUUCAAAACCAACCAUUGUCCUCUGAUACACUUGUCAAAUUUAGUUGCAUGUUCAGAGUGUGAUGAAGCCUUUUUGCUCUUUUUUCCCCUCCCUUUUUUCCUGGUAAUGUAUUGUGCUAGCGAUUUCUCUUUCAUAUCUCCAUUCCUCAUGCUCCAGCUGAGCGUUCGAGCGUAUGCCCCUGAAGCCUUGAUGAAAUGAAUUUGGUGUGCGGUUAGAAAACACAGAAAGGAUUUCUUGUUUUAAUGAGCUGUAUGCACUUUUGGCUGCUUUAAUCAGGCCAAACCCCCUCAAGACCCCUGAUUAGACAUCAGAACGAGGAAUAAAAUGUCAUUCACACUCUCCAUGGCACCACUCUGGGUUUAAUGCAAAAAGACUUGAAUCGCAGAGCAUACCCAACUCCCUUAUCUCGAGAUGGGUAUUAACUCAGCAGGUUAACCGAGACCUCAGAGAAGAACCCACUGUGGCUGAAUUUGCAUGCCUUUCAGUCAAACAUUUUUAGAGUAAUAUGUGAACCGAGCCUGGGGAAGAGAGCAAAUUUAUUUAAGUGAUGGAUUGGCAUGUGUUUUAACUAUAGCUUCAGUAAUAAGUUCAGGUUUGAUGUAGAUUGCCAAUUAAGUUUAUUCACUUUUAUGGGAGCUUUGCAUAAUUUAGAUUUUUGUUUUUUUUUCAGGUUUGCAAACUGCCUCGUUUGAACUUUCGCGAACUUGUAGUGAACUUUUUUGGUGCAUGAUUCAUCUUCAUGUUAUUCCAAAGAAAAAUAAAAAUGUAUCUUUUCGUAAAAGGUAAUAACUUGUUUUCCAUGACUUUCCUUUUCAGCAGAUGUUAUUACCUGUUGUUUAACAUUAUCCCACUAUUUUAUUUAAUUAAUUUUCUCUUUUUUUGUAGGAAAUGCAUCCCUUUAGAAACUUUCCUAGUAGCUAAUUCAGCAAUUUUGUUAAUGCAAGUUAAUGUAAGACAAGUUUACAGCAAAAUAUCAAGUAAAGGUGCUUUACAAAAUGGAUUCCACAAAGAAACUUUAACAUCUGAAGAACCUAUAUGUUUCACAAAAAGUUAUUUAUGUCGAAAGAAGGUUCUCAGGGAAAAAAAUAGAUGAUUUUUUAAAAAGCGCUUUUGACUGAUUGUUUCUUUCUGGAACCAAAAGUGGUUCUUCUAUGCCAUCACAGUGAACAACCUUUUGAAGCACCUUUGUUUUUAAGACUGUAGAUUUAAAGAAGAACCACUGCGAUACGUGGAGAUGCUCUUGAGGUUGAACUUGACCUUCAGGUUCUACAUCCAAAUCCAAAAGUCUCCUCAAAAGUAACGUUUCAAUAGGUCAGGCUCCAUUUUCUGGUAUGUAUCACCCACCUUUUCCAAUUCAGACAAUUCUCAGUACAUAUAGCAUUGACUGAAUGUCCUGUUACACCAAAUUAGAGAAAUAAAAUGGGUUUUGAAUGCUGUUUCAUGUUGAUUUUAUAUAAGAAUUGAGUUGGCACAGUCUACAACAGCCUUAAGACACUCUAAAGUCUAACUUUAAAGUUUCAAUAGCAAACAUUACAGGUAAAUUCCACUUAACAUAUCCACACUUCCUGUAAGGCAGGCAGUGUCUAGAGGUAUGAUAGGAAGACAAUGCAGCCGCCAUUCAUAUUGUGAUGGGUCAAGCUAAGGUUGAGGGCUACAACUGAGCAAACAGGGAAAAAGACACAAGACCACAGAUAUUUUUGAGGGAAUACAGACAAAAAAAGUUAAAACGCCAAAGAUGUGGCUCAAGGCACGACUCAACUGGAUUCAUUUUUAAUGCGCCUCAAACUUCCCUAGAUCUCGUAAGUCCUGUCAGGUUGCGAAAAGUUCUGUUAUAUAUAAUUUAAAUGGCUAUGUACUGUAUAUGUGCUCUUGCGCACCAGUUUUGAGGAAAAGGUCUACAGGGGGUCUUUUGGAAAUGGCGUUUGUAAUGCUUUUCCCUCUAAGAAGGGAUUUAAUUACCCUUAUAUGCCAAAGCCCAGGGAUUGCUGCUUUUUAUCACGCUGUGAAAAGAUUAAAAUAUCCCUCAAUAGGUUUUCAUUUCUGCCUGUUUUGUUAUUAGCCGUCAAGACCGGUAGACUGCUAGAUAAAUACAUUAGUUUAUAGCAUCUCAGCUUUGUUGAGAAAAUCAAUUUGUUCAAUUUUAUAUUUGCACCUCCUUGGAGUAAUAAUAAAUAUGGUUUAUUCUGCAGGUUGCAUUGAUCAGUCCGGAUAGGCAACAAUAUUGUCCAAAGGCACAUUUGACCUCUCUCAUGUGUUAGAUGCAUCAAUUUCUUGUUUAACAAGGCAAUCAAUCUUUUCAUGAUUACGAUAGGGAUAUCUGAUUUUUUUUUAUUAAUACAAUUUGAAAACACCUCACAGCAUUUUCCGACCCCUCUGAGGUUUGUGAGCCACAGGCGAUGUGGAUAUUUCAUUCAGAGUUGAGUGAAAUUCUUCGCAAGGAACCCCAGAUAUGCAGCAUAUACGCAACGCUAAAAGAGACUUGUUUUUCACUCAUAUCCUGUUGUAUGUGCACAAUACUGCUAUCCACGAUCACUAAAUUGAGGGCCUCUGGUUAUCACAACGUGAAUGACUUUUAUAUAUAAGUUCAAUGUAUGAGUUUGAGAAAAAGUGAUAAAUGUGAAAAAGAGUAGGUAGAAAUUCAAAAAGCCGUUUGUUUUGACCUCCGGGCGUGACGUUCCAUUUAGAAACAUGCAAAGUGGAUGCGCCACACUAGAGUGACUGAGAAAACAGAAUAAAAAGAGGAAACACAAUGGGAUAUUCGCUCAAGAAGGAAGAGGAGGAAAACACAAAUCCUCUUACAGUGAGGGACAUGGUUUUGCUCUUUGAUUUUCCUCUCACUUUAAAAGUCAGCUUGAAACGGCAUUUGCAAACCGUUACUAGUGUUGUGGGACAGGUUUUUAAGUGAAACAGGAUAUUCAAUGAAAUCAGAAUAUGGUGUGGCAUGUGAUUUUAUCCAUUGGGACUUGUUUGAAUAGUGUAAAUUGUCUCCAUCUCAAAGGUGGUUAGAGGGGAGGGGUUGAAAAAUAACAGGACUUGAAUGGCAGAUGAAGAGGAAGGUUAUUUCGAUAUAUGUUGAUGAAAGAUUACAAAGGCAAAUUUGUUUGUUUUCUUUUGGAAUAACAUGAACUGAUGAAAUGUUCAUAAGACCAGGAACAUGGUAAAUUAAAUGAUCUAUUUGGAUUUCGUGUUGAUUUCCUGCUGAGAGAGCAGAUAUUUAAAACUAUGCGUUGCAUAAAAAGCUAAUUGUGGUUACAAGUGCGUUUUUUCUUCAACAUUCAUAAUUAUAAUAAAUGUUUCAGUAAUGUUAUAAAACAGCAUAUUCAAAUGAUUUCUGCAGAAUCAAGUGAUACUAAAGACUGAAAAUUCAACCAUCACUGCAAUAAAAUACACUGGAAUCAUUAUUUUAUUUUCCAAUGUUACUGUUUUUGCUGUAUUUUUGAUCAAAUAAAUGCAGUCUAGCUUAAGAGAUCUAGCGACCCCAAACCUUUGAACGGUAGUGUAUGUUAAUAACCUUUCAUGUAAAUGGUUGCAAUUUCAUUUGGAAUGCGUUGGGUGUAUAAACCACCCAUGUGCAGCUGUGCUUCAAUUGCUUUGCCCUUUGUGCUGGUUUUCCUUUCUCUGACCUCUUUCGUGUUUAGUUCGGUUUAAUAACUUAUUUUAUUUUGAGUUGAGCUGAUGAAUUCAGACAGGGCUAUAAGGGUAUGCGCUAAUGCAGACUCAAGGACGGCUCUGCUGCUGUCAGUACAUAGUAGAUAAGACCUCUAAAUGGGGCCUUUUAUGUCCACUAUUUCUAAAACCCUGCUGAUGGUUUAGUGCUACUCCAUAUUGUAAGUAAUGAAUUCAAAAUGGACCCUAUUUACUUUUUAAAAAAUGGUCAUGCUAAUAUCUUCAAUGAACCACUAUGAACCUCUUUAGAGAUUACUAUCAGAGUCAUUAGCUCGCUUAUGUCAAAUAGUCAAAUUAGCAAGAUAUUCUCAAUGUUACUCUAAUGGAGAUAGAUGGCCUGUCUGAUUUCAACAAUUCAGAGCCUUUUAGCUGAUAAUACAUUUAAAAAAUAUAUUCUAAACAUACAGGAUCCCCUUCAUCUCCAUUAACUGCUAACAAUACUGCUUAAUUUUAAUUCAAACUAUAUAGGGUAUUUCUUGCUAACUUUUGUUUUAGCUGUGUCUUUUUCUCUCAGCAUUUGGCUGAAAAAGCAUUCCCAAAUGAAGAGGAUAAUCCAGAUCUAGUUGGCCUAGUUGGAGCUUUCAACCGGCCCGUUUUAUCGUUCCGACCCAAUUUCAAAAGCUUUUAUGGUUGGGGAAUCAGGCAUAGAAGAAGCUAGCGCUAUAUAAGCUAGCCUAGCCAUGGUGGUGCUAUCAGUUUCCAGUAAUAUAAUUUAAUUAGGUUUAAAAUUAGCAGCUAACAAGCUGCUAACAAAGCACUUAUUAUCAUGCUGAAGAUCUGUAGAUAGAGAUGUUUGUUGCCUGAUAGUUUUGAGGAUUAGCAUGCUAGCUUAUGAAAUGUGUAGUUUGUUUAUUUUGUGUGUGGCAUGGUUUCACAUAUGGUAAGUGAGGGAUUAGCAAUAGGUUCUCGUUUGACGGUCAUCUGAAGAGAGGGUGAUUUUACAUAGCAGCCUGUUUUCAGACUCUUGCCGUGUAACGUGUCUAAUUCCAACGAGUCUACAGCCAGCAUUUGGGAUCUUGUGCUCUCUGCAUGCAUUAUAUGCUGGAGAUAAUAAUCUCGAGGUUAGCGCUGCACAGCGAUCUGUUGGUGCCAGCCUGAAAUGUGCUGUAAGUUAACAGAUACCGUAUGAUGUAUUUUCCCAUUUUCACCUUUUUGGUUGGCUUUGUGAUUUGAUUGAUGUGAUAUUGCAAAUUCCAUCUCUUACUUUAUCUUAAACACUGAAAGUUAAUUUAAAAAAAGCAGUACUGUAUUUCCAGACUAAAGGCCAAUGGUUGCUUGUAGUUGUUGCCUAGAGCUGAUCAGGAGUGCGUUUUGGGAAUCUGGCAUUUUAAAAUAAUCAUCUAGACUAUGAACAAUAUUAGGAUUGAUUUAUGUGUUUUGUGUAUUGUCGUUUUAUUAAUUAAUUAAUUUACAGUAUGUCUAUGUGCGCUGAUCAAGUUUACAAUGUUUAGGUCACCUGAAUGGAAUCACUUAUUGAAAUGAAGGAAAUGCGAAACAUCUGUGAAUUUUGUAAAGAGUCAAUGACUGUUUUUCUACCAAGCUUGUUCUAUAUAUCAUUUUUUUUGGGUGGGACCGGAGUGUAUUUGGGGAGGUUUUUUUUUUUUUUUUUAAUGGUCGGGGUCGUGCAAUGAUCUGUAAUUAAGAUGACUGAAAAUAUAGACUGAAAAAAAAAAACACAUGAAAAUGAAAUAAAGUGUUAUAUUUGCAUGAUUUCCUGUAUUUUCGAUGAGCCUAAAAUUUAUCGUUGUGUAUAUUGAGUGGAUGUAUAUGUAUAUUGAGUGAAUGUAUGAUGUUUUUUUUUCUGUGAUGUUUUGUCAUUUUAUUUUUGUCUUACUUUUUUUAAGGCAUUGCUUCCACUGCCGUCACAUUAAAACUUAUUUACAUGUAUAAUGGAUUCAACUGCCGCAGUAAAUGAAUCAAUCCCUUGAUGAAACAAUAGGUCAUAUCAUUAUCAAAUGUGACCAUUAGUUCCUGUGUACUCUUAAUUUUCUUUGGCCUUCAUCAUACAACUUGGCUCGAACUAAUCUAAUGUUUUCAUUCAGUACUAGCAGGGUUAAUUGACAUGCCUCCCUGUUUAAAAAGAUGAGCAUCCAUUGGUCAGAAAGGCCAACCGUUGAGAAUGCCAACAUCAAACUAUUCGUGUUUGCGAAAUAAUCCUAUUAUUAAUAAAUACCAACUCACCCCCUCAGUGUUUGACCCAGGAAUUUAGAAAUCGCUUUAGCAUCUCACUUAAUUGAAUUAAGUUAAUUUAAUUUUACAUACUUAAUUAAAUGCAAAUAUAGUGGUGAACUUGACGAGGGUCCUAUGGUAAAAUGGUUUCGGUGUCACCUUGGUUGUUUGUUGUCUCCAGUGGAAUUUCCAACCCAUUUCAUUGACAUAGUCGAGUGUUGGUUCAAAUUUUUACCUGAUGUUUGUCUACUAAUGUACUUAAUUAACUCAACUUAGCAAGAUGUUAAAAUAGAGACUUUAGGACACAUUCAAGAGCUUUACAUGAAUACAGUGAAGUUUACCUGGCACCUUUCUAGGUUCCUAUUGUGCUGAAGUCUUUGUAGAUCAAUGUUUUAACAGCAUUGAUUAAUCUUCUCUCCUAGUUAUUGAUCUUCAGACAUCCCAGAAGACUUUUCUUCAACUGCUUUCUUAAAAUAGGUGCAUUAUGAACACAUCCUUGAACUGUCAAAACAAAUCCUUAAAGGAUAGCUUGUCAUCUCAUUUGACUCCUUGUCGAGGAAAAUUGACAAACUCUUCUGACAGCUGAACUUUUCUGGGAAACCUUUCCAAAAAUCCUCUGAUGACUUAAUUGUGAGAUACUCAUGUAUAAUUCACAGACUAAACUGGGAGUUGGAAGUCUGAAAAUGACUUGCUCAGAGACUAUGAUGGCCCAAAUUCAAUCCGUCAGACAAAUAAACUCCACCAGCCACAAUCGAUUGGACACAUUCUUGCUUCAACCCAUGUGGGAUGGCACAAAUAGCAUAUCUGCUGUUUCAAAAGUCAAUUAGACCCCUUGGCAGUCUUUGAGUGUUGUAGAAUUGUGUUUCCAUUACAUCAGUAUAUUUGAUUUGAGAUUUGCGUUCAACAUCAAAAAUCUGCUGUUACAAUGAUUUUGAUUAAUUGGGUUCCACAUCAAAAUGUCACCGUUGGCCUCUUGGUACACCUCUACUUAAAAGUGCUGUACGUAAGUUUUGGACUCUGCUAAAGCAUAAAAAUACCAAAUAUGUUCGAAGAUAAGAAACAGGGCAAGUUAACAUACUUGUUUAUAUGAAAAAAACAAUCCUACAGUCAGUUAUUCUCCUUUGAAAAUGUUCCGGGCCAAGAAUGUUGGUCUUUGUUUUGGUUUGUGAAACCCGCCCACUGCCAUUUACACAAUUGUAUUUCGGCACACCAGUUUGCCAGUUGGCGGAAAACACAUCGUAUUUCAUUUCAUUCAUCGUCAAAGUGUGCUUGUUCCUGUUGGUGUCAUCAAUCUGGCAACCUGCGUGUGCUUCAAGUCUGAGGAGGAGGGGCCAAGUGAAAAAAAUCCAUUUCUAAUAUUUUUAAUUUGGACUCUUAUACCUAGUUCAACCACUCGGUGUCAAUCCUACAUACAGCACCUUUAAUUAACCCCCGUCCCCAAGAGGACACGAUGUUGGACAAGAGGUCAUAGGUUAUGUUUGCUCUUUCACACCUCAAUACGAUGAAGGGGAGAUUGAUUUCCGAUCCAUGUAUGAAACAUUCCUCCCUCUGCAUAGAUCCAUAAAUAGGUAACUCAGUUGAACACUGGUCCAUUGUUUGAUGUGACAUUCAUUGCUCUUUUUUUAUUGUUUCAUUCCUUUUUUUUCCCCUGUUGAUUCUCAUUCUUUGUCUCUCAA